AUGCCCUGGUCGCCCCGCGCCGCCCUCCUUCGGGACCUGGUCCUGGGCGUCUUGGGCACCGCCGCCUUCCUGCUCGACCUGGGCACCGACCUGUGGGCCGCCGGCCAGUAUGUGCUCAGCGGCCGCUACCUGUGGGCCGUGCUGGUGCUGGCGCUGUUGGGCCUCGCCUCGGUCGCGCUGCAGCUCUUCAGCUGGGUCUGGCUGAGCGCCGACCCCGCCGACCUGCACGCGCCCCAGGCCCCCGGCCGCUGCCUGGCGCUGCUGCAUCUUCUGCAGCUGGGCUACCUGUACAGGUGCGUGCAGGGGCUGCAGCAGGGGCUGCUGGUGUGGCAGCAGGAGGCGCCCUCCGAGUUUGACUUGGCCUACGCUGACUUCCUCUCGCUAGACAUCAGCAUGCUGCGGCUCUUUGAGACCUUCUUGGAGACAACACCGCAGCUCACACUGGUGCUGGCCAUCAUUCUCCAGAGCGGCCAGGCUGAAUACUACCAGUGGGUUGGUGUCUGCACGUCCUUUGUGGGCAUCUCAUGGGCACUGCUGGACUACCACCGGGCCCUACGCACCUGCCUCCCCUCCAAGCCCCUCCUGGGCCUGGCCUCCUCUGCAGUCUACUUCCUGUGGAACCUGCUACUGCUGUGGCCCCGAGUCCUGGCUGUGGCCCUGUUCUCAGCCCUCUUCCCCUACUAUGUGGCCCUACACUUCCUGGGCCUGUGGCUGGUGUUGCUGCUCUGGGUCUGGCUUCAGGGCACAGACUUUAUGCCAGACCCCAGCUCUGAGUGGCUGUACCGCGCGACGGUGGCUACCAUCCUCUAUUUCUCCUGGUUCAAUGUGGCUGAGGGCCACACCCGAGGCCGGGCCACCAUCCACCUAGCAUUCCUCCUGAGUGACAGUGUUCUCCUAGUGGCCACCGGGGUGACACAUAGCACUUGGCUGCCCAGUGGGAUCCCAUUACAGAUAUGGCUGUCGGUGGGAGGCAUCUGCUUCCUUUUGGGUCUGGCUUUGCGGCUUGUCUACUACCGCUGGCUGCACCCUAGCCGCCGCAGGGAGCCUGACCAGGUGGAUGGGGUCCGGAGUCUCCUUUCCCCAGAGGGGUGUCAGCUGCCACAGAACAGGCGUGUGGUCCAGUUGGCUCAGAACUUUUACCCCAAGGCUAGGGAUGAGGCUGUUUUGCCAGGGAAGGGAAAGGUGAAUGGGAUCCUUUGAGGCAAGGUCAGACUUAGCCAGGGGACAGAUGGACCUUUAGUCAAUUCUCCCUCAAAGGCAGAAGAUAAGCUAAUUAUGCUGCUAUAGGCCUUGAUUCACUCAACAAGAGAUGGAAGCCUGACCUGGGCCAGGCACUGGAGACCAGAGUUGAGUAAAACAGGCGUGCCUUCAAGUAGUUCACAGUGUGAACAAGGUGAGAAGGGCUGGGCCCUGGAGGGUCAAGGGCCCCAAUUAUGUACAAGGCAUUUUGGGAGGGAAGAAGAGACCCUCCUUUUUUCUUUCCUCCCAACCAGUAUACCUGGUGCCCCAAAGUUUCCUAUUGCUGGUAUUUUUACCUCCCUGGCCACCUCUAAAACAAUUGGUGGAGGUGCUGUCCCACCCCUUGGUUCCCCCCUAUCUUGGGCUAGAAGGACCCCAGGACCUCCAGGGGGUGUUUUCUAGAAUUCUUCCUCCCCUGCCUCACUC